AUGAACCUGAUUUUCCACAAUAUCCUGGGGAAAAUUUUAGAGGUUUACAUUGAUGACGUGGUCGUCAAGUCCAAGCAGUGCGGGCAUCACAUCACGAAUCUCAAAAGAGUCUUCGAGCAAAUGCGGCUGCACAGGCUCAAGAUGAACCCCGCCAAGUGCGUUUUCGGAGUUCAAGCAGGAGAUUUUCUAGGCUUCAUCAUCCAUCAAAGGGGUAUUGAAGUCCCUGAGGAUAAGGCAAGCGCAGUCAUCAACGCCUCUUCCCUGCGCACAAAGAAAGAGCUACAACGAUUACUGGGUAAGAUCAACUUCCUGAGACGUUUCAUAUCUAACUCUGCAGAGUAUGAGGCCCUCAUUAUUGGCCUAAGGGUGUUACUGGAGCUAGGAGUAAGAGAUGUCCAAAUAUGCGGUGAUUCUUUGCUUGUCAUAAAUCAACUUCAAGAGAAGUACAUGUGUGUGAGCUGCUUGCUUGUAUUGUAUUUAAAUCGCGCCAUUGAACUUCUGGAUCAAUUCAAUGACUUGGAUUUGGAAUAUAUCCCUCGCGAGCGCAACUUUGCUGCCAACGAACUGGCUCAACUGGCUACAGGCAUUACUUUGAAAUAUGGGGUUCGCGAGCGAAACCUGAAAGUUGAACGACGCACGUGCCUUCUUAGCUCGCGCGACCUGAUUCACCAGACGAUCCAGUCGUUGCGGCCUUCAAACCUAUUGAUAUAG